GGGGAAUUAUUUGACGCCACCGCCCCUGGCAGUCGGAAGUUGCUUGAACGGAGCCCAGCCGGCCGGCCAAGCGACCGGUCUUCGUCGUCCCCUUGGCGCCCUGUGAGAGUCACCCACGGCUGGACGGACUGACCGCCGGAGGAGGGCCGGCCGGGGCAGUGGCAGCGCGGGCCCGAUGGCGCGGGUCGCGUGAGGCGGCAGGCCGAGUGCGGCCCGCGGUGCGCCCGCCCAGCGAUGCGGGCCCCGCCCGUCGCCUCAGGUGCCAUUUGGAUAGUACGUUAGCGGCACGAUGUACUCUGAGUGGCGGUCACUGCAUUUGGUGAUUCAGAAUGAUCAAGGCCACACCAGUGUGCUACACAGCUAUCCAGAGAGUGUUGGGCGAGAGGUGGCCAAUGCUGUGCUCCGUCCCCUUGGGCAGGCAUUAGGUACCUCUUCGGUGGCUGGUAGUGAGAGUUUGUUAAAAACUGACAAAGAAGUGAAAUGGACCAUGGAAGUAAUUUGCUAUGGACUGACCCUUCCAUUGGAUGGAGAGACUGUAAAAUAUUGUGUUGAUGUAUAUACAGAUUGGAUUAUGGCUUUGGUGUUGCCGAAAGAUUCUAUUCCACUACCAAUUAUUAAAGAGCCUAAUCUAUAUGUUCAAAGUAUAUUAAAACACCUACAAAAUCUUUUUGUUCCAAGACAGGAACAGGGCUCCAGUCAGAUCCGACUAUGCUUACAGGUUCUGAGAGCCAUUCAGAAACUGGCCCGUGAGUCAUCCAUCAUGGCUCGAGAAACCUGGGAAGUCUUACUGUUGUUUCUUCUGCAAAUUAAUGACAUACUUCUGGCCCCACCAACUGUUCAAGGUGGCAUUGCUGAGAAUCUAGCAGAGAAGUUGAUUGGUGUUCUCUUUGAAGUUUGGUUACUAGCUUGCACCCGGUGCUUCCCAACCCCUCCUUACUGGAAGACUGCCAAGGAGAUGGUGGCUAACUGGAGGCACCACCCUGCAGUGGUGGAGCAGUGGAGCAAGGUCAUCUGUGCACUCACUUCCAGAUUGCUCCGCUUUACAUACGGUCCUUCAUUUCCUCCCUUUAAAGUUCCUGAUGAAGAUGCCAAUCUGAUCCCUCCAGAAAUGGACAAUGAAUGUGUUGCACAAACAUGGUUUCGAUUCUUACAUAUGCUAAGUAAUCCUGUGGAUCUGAGUAAUCCAGCCAUUAUAAGCUCAACCCCCAAGUUUCAGGAGCAGUUCCUGAGUGUGAGUGGGAUGCCACAGGAGCUGAGCCAGUACCCUUGCCUUAAACAGCUGCCUCAGAUAUUCUUUCGUGCCAUGCGUGGAAUCAGCUGCUUGGUGGAUGCAUUCUUAGGCAUUUCUCGACCCCGAUCAGACAGUGCUCCCCCAACACCCGUGAAUAGAUUAAGUAUGCCUCAGAGCGCUGCUGUGAACACCACACCACCACAUAACCGGAGGCACCGGGCUGUUACUGUGAACAAGGCUACCAUGAAGACAAGUACAGUUACUACUGCUCACACCUCGAAAGUCCAGCACCAGGCAUCCUCCACUUCUCCUCUAUCAAGUCCAAAUCAGACUAGUUCAGAACCCAGGCCACUGCCUGCUCCUCGGAGACCAAAGGUUAACAGCAUCUUGAAUCUCUUUGGAUCCUGGUUAUUCGAUGCUGCAUUUGUUCAGUGUAAACUCCAUAAUGGAAUAAACAGAGAUGGCAGCAUGACUGCAUCUUUUAUCCAAAUUCUUCUUUCUUAUAAAUCUUCCAUUGCAACACAAGCUAGCAUGGAGUUUCGACGGAAAGGGUCCCAAAUGUCAACAGACACCAUGGUUUCCAAUCCUGUGUUUGAUGCAAGUGAAUUUCCUGAUAACUAUGAAGCAGGAAGAGCUGAGGCUUGUGGGACAUUAUGUAGAAUUUUUUGUAGCAAGAAGACUGGAGAAGAGAUUCUGCCAGCUUAUUUAUCCAGAUUUUACAUGCUUUUAAUUCAAGGUUUGCAGAUAAAUGAUUAUAUGUGCCAUCCUGUCUUGGCCAGCGUUAUUCUAAACUCCCCUCCUUUGUUCUGCUGUGACUUGAAAGGGAUUGAUGUUGUGGUUCCUUACUUUAUUUCAGCUCUUGAAACCAUUUUGCCUGACAGAGAACUCUCAAAAUUCAAAAGCUAUGUAAAUCCAACAGAAUUAAGAAGAUCAUCCAUUAAUAUCCUGCUUUCUUUGCUGCCCCUCCCUCAUCAUUUUGGCACAGUCAGAUCUGAGGUAGUCCUAGAAGGAAAGUUUAGUAAUGAUGACAGCUCUUCUUAUGAUAAACCAAUAACUUUUCUGUCCCUGAAGUUGAGACUUGUGAAUAUACUAAUAGGUGCCUUGCAAACGGAAACAGACCCUAACAACACCCAAAUGAUACUAGGGGCCAUGUUAAAUAUUGUUCAAGAUUCUGCACUUUUAGAAGCCAUUGGUUGCCAAAUGGAAAUGGGUGGUGGAGAAAAUAACCUGAAGAGUCAUAGUCGUACUAAUAGUGGCAUUAGUUCAGCAAGUGGAGGAAGCACAGAACCUACAACACCUGAUAGCGAGAGACCUGCUCAAGCUCUCCUAAGGGAUUAUGCUCUUAAUACAGAUUCAGCUGCUGGCCUCCUGAUUCGCAGCAUCCAUCUUGUCACCCAGAGACUCAACUCCCAGUGGCGGCAAGAUAUGAGCAUUUCCCUGGCUGCUCUAGAGCUCCUCUCUGGCCUGGCAAAGGUGAAGGUGAUGGUUGACUCAGGAGACCGGAAGCGUGCCAUCAGUUCUGUAUGCAGUUAUAUUGUAUACCAGUGCAGUCGGCCAGCUCCUCUUCACUCCCGGGAUCUGCACUCCAUGAUAGUGGCAGCAUUUCAGUGUCUCUGUGUCUGGCUGACAGAACACCCUGAUAUGCUGGAUGAAAAGGAUUGCCUUAAGGAAGUACUGGAGAUUGUAGAACUGGGUAUCUCAGGAAGCAAGUCCAAGAACAGUGAGCAAGAGGUCAAGUACAAAGGUGACAAGGAGCCAAACCCUGCAUCCAUGAGGGUAAAAGAUGCUGCAGAAGCCACUUUAACAUGUAUCAUGCAGUUGCUUGGUGCAUUUCCUUCGCCCAGUGGUCCUGCCUCUCCUUGUAGUCUGGUGAAUGAGACCACUCUGAUCAAAUACUCCAGGCUGCCAACUAUAAACAAGCAUAGUUUCCGGUACUUUGUUUUGGAUAACAGUGUCAUCCUGGCAAUGCUGGAGCAACCACUUGGAAAUGAGCAGAAUGAUUUUUUCCCCUCUGUCACUGUGCUGGUCCGGGGAAUGUCUGGAAGACUUGCUUGGGCUCAGCAGCUUUGCCUUUUACCCAGAGGAGCAAAAGCAAAUCAGAAGGUUUUUGUGCCUGAACCUCGCCCAGUUCCUAAAAAUGAUGUUGGAUUUAAAUAUUCUGUGAAACAUCGACCAUUUCCUGAAGAGGUGGACAAGAUUCCUUUUGUGAAAGCAGACUUGAGCAUUCCAGAUUUACAUGAAAUUGUCACUGAAGAAUUAGAAGAGAGGCAUGAAAAAUUAAGAAGUGGCAUGGCACAGCAGAUUGCUUAUGAGAUGCACCUGGAGCAGCAAAGCGAUGGGGAAUUGCAGAAGCGAAGCUUCCCUGACCCUGUUACAGACUGUAAGCCCCCACCUCCAGCCCAGGAAUUCCAAACAGCCCGUCUUUUCCUUUCUCACUUUGGAUUUUUGUCCUUAGAGGCAUUGAAGGAACCUGCAAAUAGUCGUCUACCUCCUCACCUCAUUGCACUAGAUUCUUCCAUACCUGGGUUUUUUGAUGACAUUGGGUAUCUGGAUCUUUUGCCAUGUCGUCCUUUUGACACAGUUUUUAUUUUCUACAUGAAACCAGGUCAGAAAACAAACCAAGAGAUUUUAAAGAAUGUGGAGUCUUCCAGAAAUGUUCAGCCACAUUUCCUAGAAUUUUUGCUCUCCCUUGGCUGGUCAGUAGAUGUGGGCAGACACCCUGGUUGGACAGGACACGUGUCCACCAGUUGGUCAAUUAACAGUUGUGAUGACUGUGAAGGGUCUGAACAAGAUGAAGUAACUUCCUCUGGAGAUGCUGGGGCUAGCGUUUUCAAUGGGCAGAAGAAGGUGCUGUAUUAUGCUGAUGCCCUGACAGAAAUAGCGUUCGUGGUUCCUUCUCCAAUGGAGUCCUUAACUGAUUCAUUGGAAAGUAACAUCUCAGACCAAGAUAGUGACUCAAAUAUGGAUCUUAUGCCGGGAAUACUGAAGCAGCCACCCCUGACACUUGAGUUGGUCCCUAAUCACACAGACAGUCUUAAUUCCUCACAGAGGCUUAGUCCCAGUUCCAGAAUGAAGAAGCUGCCUCAGGGUCGCCCUGUGCCUCCCCUUGGACCUGAGACAAGAGUGUCUGUAGUCUGGGUGGAACGCUACGAUGAUAUAGAAAACUUUCCCCUCUCAGAUCUGAUGACAGAGAUCAGCACUGGUGUAGAGACUACUGCAAAUAGUAGCACUUCUCUGAGAUCUACAACUCUUGAAAAAGAAGUCCCAGUAAUCUUCAUCCACCCUUUAAACACUGGAUUGUUCCGGAUAAAAAUUCAAGGAGCUACUGGAAAAUUUAACAUGGUCAUCCCUCUGGUUGAUGGGAUGAUAGUCAGCCGACGAGCACUUGGCUUUCUGGUGAGGCAGACUGUAAUAAACAUUUGUAGAAGAAAGCGACUGGAGAGUGAUUCCUACAGUCCACCACAUGUCCGUCGGAAACAGAAAAUCACUGACAUUGUCAACAAAUACCGGAAUAAGCAGUUGGAACCAGAGUUUUAUACUGCCCUUUUCCAGGAAGUUGGACUCAAGAACUGCAGUUCUUAGAGCACAGUUUGUCCGGAUCAGUGAACUCUGGAGUGAGCUCUAACACGGAUCAGUGAACUCUGGAAUGGGCUCUAACAUCAAAGCAAGAUCAUCCUGUAAAAAUAAAAGCGAAUCACUCUCAAGAGCUCACUUUUGAGUCACCAGAAGAAACAUGGUGUGAAGCUACUGGCUUAAGGACUCCCAGCCUUCCAGUGAAUGGACCAUGCACAGUCACACUCCUGCUGAAAAUGACAACGAGCAUUUUAGCCAUAAACUUUCUUUUAAACGUGACAAUUUUAGUAAAAUACAAGCCUUGUGAAGAGAAAGGCUUUUAUGCAUCAGUUAAAUACAUGCAUUGGUAGUGUCAACAAGUUUGCAAGUUAGAAGCUGAAGAUAGUUUUAUACCUCGCUUUUUAGGAGGGUGUAUUCAAAGUUAAAAUCUGAGAAUCUUCCAGAACUUUUUAGGCUCAAGUUGACACCGGGGAAAAGAAAAGGCUGCAGCAUUGUCAUGUGUCCAUCCACUUGUCACCCCUGUCACACUGACAGAGGUCAAAACAAAUGGGUUUUGAUCAGAUAUGUCUGACAUUAAAAUAUGUCCUAUCUGCUCUCCAUAUUUAAGCAAGUUGUCCCUCUCAUUGCCGUGGAGAUCUGUCACAUGGCCUCAGCUUCUUAUAAGGCAGAUGGGAAAUGGAGGCACAGCUGUAUUCUCUGAUGUAUACUAGUCAUGUUUGUGGGGUUUAAAAGGUGUGAGAGCAGCAGUGCCUCCCUUCUCCACUGCUGUUCAGUUUAAUGGCAUGAUGAUGGUUAGACGUGGUUCCUCGAUUACAUACCAAGAAAUGUGAGUUCACAGCAGGGUCUGAACAUUAUUUGGCUUCAUCAUUUAUUUUGGGACCAAGCAGCAAGCUGCAGUAGUUGAUGAGGUUCUAAUUUGUGGUUCGAGAAGUAGUGUCCCACUGCCAUUCACUCAGCUCUCUUUUAGAGGGCACCUGGGCCACAGUCCACAGAAGUUGGUGGCUCGUCCUUAGGUGGCUGCUACUGUUAUGUUUCUGGGCCUAGCCUUCGGAAGGCACAAGUCCCUGCUAAGGCUCUGGAAUAUUUCUGUCACCUCUCUGCUCCAUAUCUGCCAGGGACAAAGCUUAGGAGGUGGCUAGAACCAAAUUGUUUUAGAAGGACUUCUGUUACAGUGCUCAGUAUAUGCCUAUUUUUAUGUUCUUUCUCCUUCAGUAAGAUUAUUUGUCUUAGAAAACAAGUGACAUUUAUAGUCCAAGGAGUUGAACAGAGUUGAACAGGGUUGUUCCCACUGGCCCUCUGUUGUCAUUAAAGUCUAUAGAUCAGCACUCCUGUUUGGUUUGAGGUUUUGUUCUUUUCCUAGGAUGUUUGGUGCAGAGUUGGUCCUGUUCCCCCUGUGCAGGUGCCUCCAUUCUAGAAGUCUGUGUUCUGCCAUCUCUGAGCAGGAAUGGGGGCUUUAGUAGCCUUUGGUCUGAAGUUUGCCACCAUCACCCUUUUUUAUUCUCAGCUCAGGUACAGGCACCUGCCUUGUCUUCCUUGUCCUUAAUGUCCACCCUCCAUGAGUCCAAUUUCCAUUCAAAGCAUAUAGUGUUUCAUCUUUGAUUUCUUUUUGAUACAGGCAAUAAACUAAUGUUUCCAGGUGAUAGCAUAAGGUGGGGAAAAGGUAAAAAUUAGUGAGUUUUACCCUAAAAAUAUUCUAGUAAUUAAGCCACAAUAGGUGAAAUUGAACAACUUUUAAGAUACUUUGAGAUUGACGUCAUGGGGAAAAUGGUUUCUUGUUCUCUCCGAGGUGAACAAAGAGUCCUUACACAUACAACUUAUAACAUUCCAGCGGCUACAAAUAGCUGAUAAGGAUGCACUUCCCCGGUGUGAUUAUUCUGAAAAACUCUUGUUUGGGUAUUGUCUAAAUUACAUCAUGGGUUAUGUGUGUUGGAGUGGGGUUACUGGCCUUUCCCCUUAUGUUGACUUUAAUUUCUGAUAACUCUUUGUAAUUCUGAUGGGUUUGGUAAGAGAACAACCAUGGCAGAUGUAGUUUGAAAUCUGGGGCAUGUGGUGGUUCCCCAGGGAAUGAGGGCUGCAUACCCCUGAGGGAGAGAAAUCUUGGUGUGCACAGCCAACAAUUUGGAAUGCGCCCCCUCACUGGUUCCCUCUGCUCCACACACCAUCUACCCAACAAAGGAGUGGGUAAGAAGAACCUUGGGCCUUUUCAGAGUGGUUUGGAACCUUGCUCACUGAGUUCACCCUCCUGCCUGCGCUAAGAUCACUUUGAACAGAAUCAUGUCAGAGGAAUAUACGUAGUACCUAACAAUAAUCUUUGUAGUUCACUUGAUAAAUUUGCCAGCACAGGCUCAGAAACUUUGGGGGGAAACUGGGACUAGUCUGGACUGUGACUUAAACUGUUCAGUCACUGUACUUGGAUGCCCAGGCACUCUCAAAGAGGAAAACAUUUCCCAACAGAAGGGUGGCCCCUUCUGUUCACUUCUGAAGCUAGGGAGGGGGUGGUCUGCUUUGGCUGGGAGCAUAGGAAACAGGGCUCUUAACCUCUUCAGUCCUCAUAGUCACCUUGCCUAGUCACCUUCUGUCUAGAGUUUCCUCUUAAGACCUUUCUCCUCUUGAAAAGAAAAACUGCAGUGAUAGGGUGGCCCAACCCAGCCAUACAGAUGCAUGUGCAAUGCACAUGUGUAUGUGAGUAUCCCCUCUUCCAGUUCCUCCAUUUUAGGGUAGCUCCAUCUCUGGACUCCCAUGUAAAAAUGCCUACACUCUGGCUGGCCCUCUUGGUGUCUGGCCAACAGGGAGGUAGUAGGACAGCCUGGAAGAACAGCUCCCCUGUCUAUGAGCUGAGCUCUCCAGUGAUGAGUUUUACAGGGUGUUUAUUCCUAUUGAAAAGUAGAACUUCCCACAGAGUUAGCCUUGGGCAGAGCUGGAUCGGUGGUGACAGCUGUUAUUUGCCACUCUCCUGGCAGCAGUUGGCCCUUAGGAUUUAAAGCCUGUUCAGGCCAGAACUUCUAUGUUGACAGUGACCAUUGGCAUUCACUGGUCUGUUUCCAGCACUUCCCGACAGCCCCUCUUCCUGAGGGAGCCACCUGGACAGCGGACUCUGGUCUCACUGCAGGUAGAGCCAUGCACUGCAUAGGGUUUUCUCAGAAUAGCCACCCUUGUUCUUCAGACAUGGUUUUUAAUGGGGAGGGAAAAUGUGUAAUUUGGGAUUCCACAGUGCCUUGCAUACAGUAGGCGCCCAAUACCUAUUUGUUGAAGCAAAUCAAGUUCCUUGUCUCCACAGUGACCAAGGCAUCUUCCUCCUCUGAAGGGCUUGGCAGUUGUGGCUAAAAAACUAAGUAUCAUUAUUUGCUCGAAACCAUAUUUACAAUUUGUAUGAAUUUCAGUAUAUUGCCAAGAUGGGAUCUUUUUCCUAUUGUAUUUUCUGUAAAUAUUUCUGUCACUGACUUGUAAAGUAAAGGAGAUGUAAAUAUGAAGG